GCUUUUUGGCGAACACAAACAGCUUGCAUCACUCGCUGUUUAUGGAUGCAGCAACUCUUCGGUCCUCUGCUUUGCCCUUAUCACAUCGCUCUUUAAGAGGGACCAGCCUCAUUCCUUUUCUUCCUUUCUAGUGAGCUAUUCUCCGUUUGAUUUACCAGUUGGUCGGUCAUGUUCUCGGCGCGAACUUCUGCACCCUCCUUGGGAGGGUUGACCGUCAAUACAUCUUCUGCCAACUCUUUGUUCGGAGCAAAUACGACAUCGACCGCACCCGCAGCCACCACCGGCGGUAGUUUAUUUGGCGCUGCUGCCACCACCACGCAACAACCACAGUCGGGAGGACUUUUUUCAGGUCUAGGCGCACAGAACCAACAGCAACAGAAACCAGCUGGAGGAAGCAUAUUUGGAGGAACUUCUCAGCAAACACAGCCAGCUUCUGGGAACCUCUUCGGAAGUACACAACUACAAAGUGGAGGAUCGCUUUUUGGGGCUGGCACCCAGCAGCAGCAGCAACAACAACAAACUCAACAAUCAGGAGGGUUGUUUGGUGCUACACAGCAAAAGCCCACAGGGGGUUCUCUCUUUGGUGCAGCUACGUCUACUUCUCAACCGCAAUCCGGCGGAUCGCUUUUUGGCGGACUUGGGCAAGCCACAGCCACCACCUCGACGUCUGCUGGAGGUUUAUUUGGUGCUAGUCAGCCCCAACAGCAACAGCAGCCACAACCACAGCAAGGACCAUCGCUCUCGUUAUUCGGAAACCGAAAUACGACAACACAAGUAGAACAGAGGCCAGGAGGCUCAACAGUGCAAGGCGUCAAAAUUGACGUCUCAAACCUCGUCCCUACAACCAAAUUCGAAAGCUGUACAGAUGAAUUAAAAAAGGAAAUCGAAACCAUUGACACCUUCAUCCUCAACCAAAUCCGCAUGUGCAACGAAGUUUCCGACAUCCUCCCCACUAUCUCUUCACAAGGCGCCCUAGUGCCUAACGAUGUGGAGUUCGUCCAGGGAAAACUGGACACCCUCCAAGAAGCCCUAGAAACCGACGCCAGGGGCAUUGAAAAUGCCCGCAACCUCGUAACACGGGAUGCCGGGGAGGCUAAGCUUGCCUUCCGCGCCCUUGACAAUCUCCUCCUGCCCCUCCAAUACCAACCCACAGCCGCAGACAGAUGGCUAGCACCAAGCCAACAAUCCCAGUCUCUACCAGGCCGCUCUAUACGCUCCGGGCUCAGCGCGCGCCACAUGCUCGCCCUCCCUGAGGAUGCGGAAGCGGACUCCAGCCUAGGCGCCACAGGCGGCCCGACUAAUCUGGUCGAUUACUUCUCCCAGCGCGCCGAUGACAUGGAUGUUGUCGUUCAAAAAUACAGGAAGAGUCUGAAAGAGAUCGAAGAGUACCUUCGCGGCGUCGAGGCGUCACUUGCGCAGCAGAUUAAUGACUUAUCUUCUCGGAGCAGGGAUGGUGGAGCCCCAUCCCAUGCGUCCGCGACCAGAGCGAGUGAGCUUGCCGCAACACUCGGGGAUGUGGAGACGGCCAUCCUUGGUGUUGCGGGCAGGGUGGGUGGUGUUCGAGAAGAGGUCCAGGAACUUGUUUUGGGGCCCUUGGGUAUAGGUGGUCACGGGAUAACGAAUGGAUGGUGAAUAACAAUAAAUAAUUAAAUAAUUAUAUAUUUUAAUGAAGUGGACCAAGAUUUGCCUUUUUGAGCGCAGUAUGCUUGCUAUGUGGGUAAUUUUCUUCCUUGCAAGCCCCAUUUUGUAUAUUUUAGUUGUUUAUGAUAGGGGGAUCCCCAACCUACGUUGGCAGUUCGGAAAUGGCGCGAUUGCGAUCACUGCCUCCAAAUGCUAGUGUUAAGGGGCGUUUGUUAGGCAUAGAGGUUUGGAAGGUCGAUUGGGAAAGCAGCUCAAAUGGAUAUAAUGAAGUAUUUCCCAUAAAUGUUAUGAAAUUAUCAUAUCUCUAGCCUCCUAGAACCAUAUUUUUUAUGCUUCCCUUGAAACGUUAACUGCACAAAAAAAAAAGGGUGGGUGGUAUUCAUGUUUAUAUAUUAGUUUUAUCAUCGGGGGUUACCAUUUCCCAUAUGGCUUCCCACCCCAAAAAGGUUGGAUGGCGGAUUAGAACUAGAGGCAGCGUGAUCAGAUGGACGGCCAAUUUUUAUCCCUGCGCUUAGGCCAUAGUUACUAGAGCUACUAUGAGAAAAUCUACUAUCAACUCCUUCGGGCGCGAAACGCUGCGGGACUGGAAAAAUCUGAUUGUGAGUUGUAUAGCCGUUCUGUUGACGCUCCGGGAAUUCAGACCUCUGGGUCGAAGGUAGAGGCCCAGGGAGCCUGGUUCGAUGUUGUGGUGUAACUGGUGGCAAUGUGGCUAGAAGAUAUUAGCACAAGCUACGCCAUAUAAGUGGACAAAACAUCUACACCUACCAGUUCGAAAAGACGGCGGUAGG